AGACGUCUGACAAGUAACAGUGAUACUUCCGUUUCGUGAUGAGAAGUUUGCUUUUAAUAACAGCGCUUAGCGCAAUUUUUCUAAGAGAAUCAUUUGGUAAACCAAUGGAGAAGAUGGAUAAUUCUGAUGUGCUAGAUCCCGUUGCCUCGAUUGUAAACGAAUCCUCCGAAAUUGAAACCACGAGAGAGCAAAGAUCGCCGCAAUUUGGUUUGUUAGGUGGUUACAGUGAUUAUGAUUACGAUGAUACGUAUUUCCGUUACGGAAACAGACGAAAAUAUCAUCAUUAUAAACCGUUUCGACCUCAUAGGCCACAUGGUCUCAUCGGAGGAUAUGGAUGUCGCGGAGGAUAUGGCUGUGGUGGAGGAUACGGAGGAUGGCAACCGGACUAUGGCGGCUAUGGACAAGGAGCGUCCUUUGCUUCAGCAUCAGCAGGAUCUGUAGGUGGAGGUGGUCCUUAUGGUGGAGGACACAGCCAGGCGAAUGCACAGAGCGCGAGUUUUAACGUCGGGCCUUUCUCAGCCUCGUUCAGCGCUGCUCAAUCGUUGGGACAAACUGGAUUCUGAAUUUUUUAAACGGUAAGCACUGGGCUGGAUCUUAUCCUAAUACACU